AUGGCUUCAUUCUUUCCUCGCGCAGCUUCCCGAGCUCUACAUUCCUCUGCGCGCCCUGUACUGCGGGCACAGCGUCCUAUCACCCCACUGCUUAGUCGCGGAUAUGCGCUUCCCGCCGAACAACCACGCCUAAGGCUAGGAUCAAUUGCUCCAAACUUCCAGGCAAAAACUACCCAUGGCGAUAUUGACUUCCACAACUUCCUCAACGGAAAAUGGACAAUCCUCUUCAGCCACCCCGCAGACUUCACCCCGGUUUGCACAACCGAGCUGGGCGCCUUUGCGAAACUCAAGCCUGAAUUUGACGCCCGCGGUGUCCAAAUGAUCGGUCUCAGCGCCAACGACCUGUCCUCCCACGCCGACUGGAUCGCCGACAUAAACGAAACCUCGCAAACCACCGUCCACUUCCCCAUCAUCGCCGACGCAGACCGUCACGUCGCAUACCUCUACGACAUGAUCUCGCAGGACGAUCUCGACGCGCUGCAAAAGACCGGCGGCAUCGCAUUUACCAUUCGCUCCGUCUUCAUCAUCGAUCAGGACAAGAAGAUCCGGCUGACAAUGUCGUAUCCGGCUAGUACGGGUAGAAACACGGCGGAGGUGCUGAGGGUGAUUGAUAGUUUGCAAGUGGGCGAUAAAAAGGGUGUUGCGACGCCGAUUGAUUGGCAAAAGGGGGAUGAUGUUAUUGUGCCGCCGAGUGUGAGUACCGAAGAUGCGAGGAAGAAGUUUGGCGAGGUGAGGGAGGUUAAGAAGUAUUUGAGGUUUACGAAUGUUGGAAAAUAA